GGGAAGCAGGCUCCGCCGGUCCUCCGCCAUGUUCCGCGGGCCGGGCCGGGCCGUGGUCCUCCGGGCGUGCUGGGCGCGGGGGUCCGGGAGCCGGGCGGGGGUCCCGGCCCGCGUGGUGGACCUGCGCAGCGACACGGUGACCAGGCCCGGGCCCGCCAUGAGGCGCGCCAUGGCCGAGGCGGCCGUGGGGGACGACGACUACGGCGAGGACCCCUCCGUCCGCGAGCUGCAGGAAAAGACUGCAGAGCUGCUUGGGGUGGAGCGGACUCUGUUUGUGCCCACGAACACCAUGGCCAACCUCAUCUCUGUGAUGGGUCACUGCCGGCGCCGGGGCUCCCAGCUCCUCCUUGGGCAGGAAAGCCACCUCCACGUCUAUGAGCAGGGCCUAGUGGCUCAGAUUGCCGGGGUGCAUUCCCACCCCCUCCCCGACCUGCCCCAUGGCACCCUGGACCUGGACGAGCUGGAGCGGGCCAUCACCCGUGGCCUGGGGAGCCCAUACCACCCCGUCUGUGAGCUCGUGUGCCUGGAGAACACGCACAACAGCGCAGGGGGCCGGGUCCUCCCCAUCGACCACCUCCGCCAGGUGCACCGCCUGGCCCGGACGCAUGGGGCCCGGGUCCACUUGGAUGGCGCCCGGCUGAUGAACGCAGCCGUGGCCCUGCGUGUGCCCCCUGCCUGCAUCGUGGAGCACUGCGACUCUGUGUCCUUCUGCUUCUCCAAGGGCCUGGGCGCACCUGUGGGGGCUGUGCUGGGGGGGCCCAAGGACUUCAUUGAAGAAGCCUGGCGACUCCGGAAGACCCUGGGCGGGGGCAUGCACCAGACCGGGGUGCUGGCUGCGGCCGCCCUGGCGGGCCUGGCCGGCGUGGAGGAGGUACUGCGGAGGGACCAUAGCAACGCCCAGAGGUUCGCCCAAGGACUCCAGGAACUGGCAUCGCCCAUUUGCUCUGUGGACCCUGCUGCUGUGGAGACGAACAUCGUGCUGGUGAGAGUGGACGGGCUGCGGCCCGACGACCUGUGCCAGCGCCUGGAGAACGUGAGUGCUGAGGAGGUGGCCCAGACCGGCCAGGCCGUGCGCGUGCUGCUGUUCCCCUGGACAGAACGGGCCGUGCGGGCCGUGUGGCACCGUGACGUCUCCACACAGGACACUGAUCUGGCGCUGCGGAAGUGGGAGUUUGUGCUGCGGCAGGUGGGGUCCUGAGACCAGGACAGGAAGCCGGUGCCCUGGCUGGGACAGAGUGGGGGUGGAGGCCCUGGCCUAGUGGCCUGCCAGGGGUAAAGCUAAGCUGGUGCUUCCUGGGGAGAGUGUGUAUGCAAUGUCCCGUCCCCCCACCCCUCCC